GUUUAAUGACAGGUGCCUUCCAAGGUUAUUCGUUGAAAAUUAGUUUUUAAAUUACUGCCUGUCUUGUCUUAUUAUUUGAUAAGAUAACAAUAAUUACAUAAUACUCCGAAAUAAUUAAUUAGAUAGUUAUUAUAUUCAGUACCUACCUACCAAAAUUUUUGAAAAAUGGUAUCUAAUCUGUACGGAGUUCCUACUGUAAAACUUUUGGGUGUACGAGAGAUGCCUAUGAUAGGCCUUGGUACUUAUGCGAGGAAGGCUGAACCUGGCCAGUUCAGACAGGCAGUUGAAUGGGGCAUAGAAGCUGGAUACCGACUCAUAGACACAGCAUCUUUUUAUAAUAAUGAAGUAGAAGUGGGCCAAGGAAUCAACAACAAAAUCAAAGAAGGUCUUGUAACAAGAGAAGAAAUCUUUGUAACUACCAAGGUCUGGAAUGAUCGCCAUGCUGAAAAUCAAGUGGUUGAAUCAUUGAAGGAGUCACUGGCUAGGUUGAACCUAGAUUAUGUUGAUUUAUAUUUAGUGCACUGGCCAGUCUCAACAAAUAGUAAAGGUGAAGAUACAGAAAUUGACUAUAUGGAGACCUGGAGAGGUAUGGAAAAGUGCUGCCAGUUGGGACUGACCAAGGGUAUUGGAGUAUCCAACUUCAAUGAGGAGCAACUUGUUAGAGUGUUUGAGAAUUCUACUAUUCUACCUGAAGUCAAUCAGAUUGAGAUAAACCCGACGUUAAUUCAAAGCGAAAUGGUGCGUCUUUGUGGAGAUCUUGGAAUAAUACCGGUUGCAUACACACCCUUGGGUCUCAUAUCGGAAGCCAGACCUGAGUUUAUUGGAAAGGACAUAAUUAAAACCGAUCCUGGACUUGGAGAGCUUGCUGAGAAAUAUAAUAAGACACGCGCUCAAAUUGCUUUGAGAUAUUUAACACAACGUGGAAUACCAGUAAUACCGAAAUCAUUUACAAAAUCUCGAAUUAUAGAGAACUUGGAUAUAUUUGAUUUUGAAUUAUCAGCGAAGGAGAUGGACUUUGUAAGUAGCUUCAAUAUUAAUCAUAGAUGUGUACCGGCUACUGCUUUCAAAGGACUGAAGAAUUACCCAUUUUAGGCGGAUUGCGAUGGUUUUAUAGAGCCCGGUGUGUAGUUUUAAGAUUCAUGGGGUUAUUUUAGCUUUUAAACAGGGUUUUUACGUAAUCAAGGUCUGUUUUGGAAAUAAUGAUGUGAUAUUAAAUAUAAGAAGUACAGCCUCCUUGUUAAAACUCAACAUAGUUGGGAUAAAACAAUGAGAAUAAAUAAAAGCAUGUUUACAUUUUUACAAAAUUAAAUAUAUAUUUUGUUUUGGUU